AUGGCCUCUCACGGAAAUUCUUCAAGAAUGGGCUUGUUUGGACAGAAGGGACUCUACCAUAUUGAGGCGCCCAAGGCGGAGCGAGAUCUUCAGUCGACGUUUGCGUCGGGGGCGAUUGAUUUGCAGUAUUCGCAUUCUGCGCUGGAUGUGCAGCUGGAGUAUCUGCAUGUGAGAAAUCUAGAAAUAGACGUGUUGGCGGAUCCUGAUGGCGGCAUGUUUAGCCAGCCGCUCAUUCGCAGGCUUGCUGGCCUAGGCGUCCCCAACGACCCGGCGCUGAAGAGAAAGGGCACAAAAGUGCUGCAUAUCCCAGACGUGGACUAUCACACCAGUUGCUCGACGCUGGUUUCCUGUCUGCGGGUCAUCAAGGGGUGGAUGGACGCUCAUCCAGACAGCGUGCCUCUGCCGAUCAUGAUGGAGUUUAAGACGGCAGAGAAGCUGGGAGAGCGACUGGGCGGUGCGAAAGUUGUGCCGUGGAAUACGGAGUUGUUGGAUAUUGUCGACGAGGAGAUUCGCUCCGUGCUUGGGGCUUCGCAGCUACUUACUCCGGAUGAUGUAAGGAGAGACGGCUUGACGCUGGAGGAGUCGAUAUUGAAGCAUGGCUGGCCUGAUUUGGAUAGUGUGAGGGGGAGGAUCUUCUUUUUGAUGGAUAAUGGGCCGGUGAAUGAUGUGCGGGAUGCGUACAUUGAGGGGAGGCCGAGUUUGGAAGGGAGGGUGCUGUUUACGAAUAGUGCGCCGGGACAGGACGACUGUGCGUUUCAAAAGGUGAAGACCAAAGUUUCACCCAUUGGAAACAUCAUGUAG